AUGAUGUCAUUGGUGAAGUACUCAGCAUGGCCUCUGAGCAACCCUGCUUCCUCAAGUCACAUUCCAAGGCCUCAACUUUGCACGAUACCUUCUAUCCACAAUGUUCAACACAACACCAAACCCUUUCUCUCUUCCCUCAAACCUCUUCAUAUUUCAUCCACUGAGAACUUUGCAUUGCCAGCAAAACUCAGUAGGAGGGUCACAGAGUGCCAGGCCUAUGAAGCAGAUAGGUCACGGCCAUUAGAGCUUAAUAUUGAGCUUUCUGGCGAACAAGCAGGGAUAGAAGCAACCCAGAGGCUCAAAAUUGGUUUGUAUUUUGCCACCUGGUGGGCUUUGAACGUGGUCUUCAACAUAUACAACAAGAAGGUUCUGAAUGCCUUUCCAUACCCCUGGCUUAUUUCCACUUUAUCCCUUGCUGCUGGCUCUCUCUUGAUGUUAAUCUCAUGGGCCACAAGGGUUGCUGAUGUUCCAAAAGUUAAUCUUGAGUUCUGGAAGGCCCUCAUUCCUGUUGCUGUGGCACACACAAUUGGCCAUGUUGCAGCUACCGUGAGUAUGUCCAAAGUUGCAGUUUCAUUCACUCACAUCAUCAAGAGUGGAGAGCCUGCAUUCAGUGUCCUGGUAUCAAGGUUCUUGCUAGGGGAAGCAUUCCCUGUGUCAGUUUACCUGUCAUUGGUGCCAAUUAUAGGAGGUUGCGCACUUGCUGCUGUGACGGAGCUCAAUUUCAAUAUGAUUGGAUUUAUGGGCGCUAUGAUAUCCAAUUUGGCCUUUGUCUUUCGGAAUAUUUUCUCAAAGAAGGGGAUGAAAGGGAUGUCUGUUAGUGGAAUGAAUUACUAUGCUUGUCUUUCCAUAUUGUCUCUAUUGAUUCUCACACCUUUUGCCAUUGCUGUGGAGGGCCCAAAGUUGUGGGCUGCAGGCUGGCAAACAGCCUUGUCUCAGAUUGGUCCCAAUUUUGUCUGGUGGGUAGCUGCCCAGAGUGUCUUUUACCACUUUUACAAUCAAGUCUCUUACAUGUCUCUUGAUCAGAUUUCUCCCUUAACAUUUAGCAUAGGGAACACAAUGAAGAGAAUUUCAGUAAUUGUGUCUUCAAUCCUUAUCUUCCACACACCAAUUCAGCCUGUCAAUGCUAUUGGGGCAGCCAUUGCAAUUCUUGGGACCUUCCUCUACUCGCAGAUCCUAUUAUAUAUAUAUAUAUGCUUCCGGGGGGUUUGUGCAUUUCAGGAAGAAUUGGUUAUGGAGAUAAUCUUGCUCCUGCUUAUAUGCUCUCUCACACCAAUCUCACAGGGAUUAGAUAGAUCUCCACCUUUUCUCUUUGGCACUGCUUCUUCUUCUUACCAGUAUGAGGGAGCUUACAUUAGUGAUGGCAAAGGAUUGAGCAACUGGGAUGUCUUCUCUCACAUAACAGGUAGUAUAUCUGAUGGAAGUAAUGGUGAUGUUGCUGUUGAUCAAUACCAUCGGUAUCUGGAGGAUAUUGAUCUAAUGGAAGCUAUGAAAGUCAACAGCUACCGGUUUUCAAUAUCAUGGGCAAGAGUUCUACCACAUGGUAGAUUUGGAGAAGUUAACUUGGCGGGUAUCAACUACUAUAACAGACUUAUAGAUGCGUUGCUACUCAAAGGAAUCCAACCGUUUGUAACAUUAUUUCACUUUGACAUCCCUCAAGAACUUGAGGACAGAUACGGAGGUUGGCUAAGUCCCCAAUCACAGGAAGAUUUUCAAUUCUUUGCAGAUAUAUGUUUUAAAUCCUUUGGUGACAGAGUAAAGUAUUGGGUGACUUUUAAUGAGCCGAAUUAUCUAGUCCCACUUGCUUACCGCGGAGGUAGAUUUCCACCAUGUCGCUGCUCUAGCAACUUUGGAGAUUGCAGUGAGGGAGAUUCAGAGAAAGAACCCUUUGUGGCAGCCCAUAAUAUGAUCCUAUCACAUGCAGCUGCAGUUGGUAUUUAUAGAAACAAAUACCAGACUGAGCAAGGGGGGAAAAUUGGAAUAGCCCUACACUGUGACUCGUUUGAGCCGUUAAGCAAUUCCACAGAAGAUAAAUUGGCAACCGAAAGGGCACUAUCAUUCAACAUCAAUUGGAUCUUGGAUCCAAUCUUAUUCGGUGAGUACCCAAAAGAGAUGAAGAUGAUUCUAGGAACCAACUUACCUAAAUUUUCAAGUUAUGAGAAAGCAAAACUGAGGAGAGGACUGGAUUUCAUCGGAGUCAACCACUACGCAAGUUAUUAUGUACGAGACUGCAUAUCAUCAACGUGUGAGCAUGGAAAGGGAGUAUCGAGAACAGAGGGUUUAUAUGAACAAACUGCACUGAAAAAUGGUGUCCCAAUUGGAGAUCUUACUCCAUUUGAUUGGCUCAAUGUUUACCCACAAGGCAUGAAGAAAACUCUUAUCUAUCUGAAAGACACAUAUAAUAACACUCCAAUGUUCAUUACGGAAAAUGGAUAUGGCAUUUUGUAUGAUCCAGAUGUUACCGAGGAAGAAUAUCUUAAUGACUAUAAGAGAAUACAGUACAUGUCUGGUCACUUUGAAAAUCUAAUGGCAGCAAUAAGGGAAGGAGCAGAUGUGAGAGGUUAUUUUGCUUGGUCCUUGCUUGACAACUUUGAGUGGAAAUUUGGGUUUUCAGUGAGAUUUGGACUUCACAGUGUUGAUCAUGCCACAAAGAAGAGAACACCAAAAUUAUCAGCAACUUGGUACAAGAAUUUAAUUGAAAAGUAUACGAAUGACAGUAUUAUGUCCAAACAAGACAGAGAAAAUAGAAACUGGAACAAACAAUUUAAGGCAAAAGCCAACCUUAGAACCUUAGUAAAUCCCCAGCCAAGAAUUGAACAGGAUGGAUAA